GGACGCUUUAUUACAAAGCUGAGGAAUGACUAAACUAAUUUUGUUGCUACUUUUAAUUUUUUUCUCUGGGGCUUGUAUAGGAGGUUUGGAAACAGAUGUUUUUGACUCUUCAUCAAGGAAAACCAUUGCUAAUAAAGAGUUGAACUCAAGGAUUUCUGAAGAAACUCCCGCCUCCCCGGCACAAGAUCCACCUGAUAAGGAAACUAUAGAAAAAUUAAAAAAAAAAGUCGCCCCGCCGGAAUCUAAAGAAAACUCAGUUAACUCUAAUACCAACUCGCAAGCUGCUACCUCUGAUUCAUCCGAGAUGGCUAAUAAAAUAUUAGAAAAGUCUAAUUCCCUCGACUCGCCUGCCAAUUCUUCUGAACUGUCGAGUAAUGAUAGUGUUACUGAAACUUUCAACGAUCCUGCUCUUUCGCCGAACCAACCAACCUAUUCAAGGAGGCCCGUUGCCAUAGUUUUGUUGGCUGGCGUCUCAUUAUUUGCGUUCGGGUGGAUCUUUCGCCGAAACUUACUAAAAUAUUUUUAUAAAAGUAGGCACAACAGAGACAGGGUCUUUUUUCGGCCUUAAUAAA